GCUGGGCGUCGAGCUGCGAGCGGCGGCUUGCUGAGGCGCUGUGGCGGGGCCGCUGUGUGGGGCGGCGGCGGCGGCCGGACAGGGGCAGCCCAGGCCGGGGGCCGGGAGAGGCAGGGCCCGGAUGGGGGUGACUGUGGCCGGCGGCUGAUUCCUACCCCCCUCCCUCCACCCCUCUCCGCGGGGAGCGAUGUCGAAUCCAGGGACCCGGAGAAACGGCUCCAGCAUCAAAAUCCGGCUCACAGUAUUAUGUGCCAAGAAUCUUGCAAAAAAAGAUUUCUUCAGACUUCCUGAUCCAUUUGCAAAAAUAGUAGUAGACGGAUCAGGUCAGUGCCAUUCAACUGACACUGUGAAGAACACGUUAGACCCCAAGUGGAACCAGCAUUAUGAUCUAUAUGUUGGGAAAACAGAUUCUAUAACCAUCAGUGUAUGGAAUCACAAGAAAAUACACAAGAAACAGGGAGCUGGCUUCCUGGGGUGUGUCCGUCUCCUUUCCAAUGCCAUCAGCAGACUAAAAGAUACUGGAUACCAGCGUUUGGAUCUAUGCAAAUUAAACCCCACAGAUACUGAUGCAGUACGAGGCCAAAUAGUGGUCAGUUUACAGACACGGGACAGAAUAGGCUCAGGAGGUUCUGUGGUAGAUUGUAGAGGGCUGUUGGAGAACGAAGGAACGGUUUAUGAAGAUUCUGGACCUGGAAGGCCACUCAGCUGUUUCAUGGAGGAACCAGCACCAUAUACAGAUACUACUGGUGCUGCUGGUGGAGGGAAUUGUAGGUUUGUGGAAUCCCCUAGUCAAGAUCAGAGGCUUCAGGCACAGCGACUUCGAAACCCUGAAGUCAGAGGUCAUGUACAAACACCUCAGAAUAGACCACAUGGUCAUCAGUCACCUGACCUACCUGAAGGUUACGAACAAAGGACAACGGUACAGGGACAGGUUUAUUUUUUGCACACACAGACUGGAGUUAGUACGUGGCAUGACCCCAGGAUACCAAGAGACCUUAACAGUGUGAAUUGUGAUGAACUAGGACCUCUGCCACCGGGUUGGGAAGUGAGAAGUACAGUGUCUGGAAGAAUAUAUUUUGUAGAUCACAAUAACAGAACCACACAGUUCACAGACCCAAGAUUACAUCACAUUAUGAACCAUCAAUGCCAACUAAAAGAACCGAGCCAGCCUUUGCCAGUCCCAAAUGAGGGGUCAUUAGAAGAUGGUGAGGAGUUGCCUGCACAAAGAUAUGAAAGAGACUUAGUACAGAAAUUAAAAGUCCUUAGACAUGAACUCUCUCUUCAGCAACCACAAGCUGGUCACUGCCGCAUUGAAGUAUCCAGAGAAGAAAUAUUUGAGGAGUCCUACCGUCAGAUAAUGAAGAUGAGGCCAAAAGACUUGAAAAAGAGGCUGAUGGUGAAAUUUCGAGGAGAAGAAGGCUUGGAUUAUGGUGGAGUGGCAAGAGAGUGGUUGUAUUUACUGUGCCAUGAAAUGUUGAACCCCUAUUAUGGACUCUUCCAGUACUCUACUGACAAUAUUUACAUGCUGCAAAUCAAUCCAGACUCUUCUAUCAAUCCUGAUCACUUAUCAUAUUUCCAUUUUGUUGGUCGGAUAAUGGGUUUAGCUGUGUUCCAUGGACACUACAUCAAUGGGGGUUUCACAGUUCCCUUCUACAAACAGCUGCUGGGGAAACCCAUUCAGCUAUCUGAUCUGGAAUCUGUUGACCCAGAACUGCACAAGAGUUUAGUUUGGAUUUUAGAGAAUGACAUCACCCCAGUGUUGGACCAUACUUUCUGUGUGGAACACAAUGCUUUUGGGCGGAUUCUGCAGCAUGAGCUCAAACCAAAUGGCAGAAAUGUUCCUGUUACAGAAGAGAACAAGAAAGAAUAUGUCAGGUUGUAUGUAAACUGGCGAUUUAUGAGAGGAAUUGAGGCACAAUUUCUGGCUCUACAAAAAGGUUUUAAUGAACUUAUUCCUCAACACUUACUAAAGCCUUUUGACCAGAAGGAGCUUGAGCUAAUAAUAGGAGGCCUGGAUAAGAUAGACCUGAAUGACUGGAAGUCAAACACACGUCUAAAGCACUGCAUGGCAGAUAGCAAUAUCGUAAAGUGGUUUUGGCAAGCCGUGGAAACGUUUGAUGAGGAAAGAAGGGCAAGGCUGUUACAGUUUGUGACUGGGUCCACACGUGUCCCUCUUCAAGGUUUCAAGGCUUUGCAAGGUUCUACAGGCGCUGCAGGACCCAGGCUGUUUACCAUCCAUUUGAUAGAUGCAAAUACAGACAACCUUCCAAAAGCCCACACUUGCUUUAACCGGAUUGACAUUCCGCCUUAUGAGUCAUAUGAGAAGCUUUAUGAGAAGCUACUGACAGCUGUGGAAGAGACAUGUGGAUUUGCUGUGGAGUGAAGAGGCAACCAAAGGAAACAGACACUAGCUCAUGGACCACCAGAUCAAAAGCUAGAAGAAGCUUGCUGUGAACUUCCUGCUAAGCUGUCUGAAGCAUUGGAACACUAGACAACUUAGAGAGAUGUGGUUGUUUCCCCUCCUUUGUUGGUGGGGGGAGGGGGCUUUUGGUGGUGGUUCCCAGCCAUUUUCUCCCCUUUGUUACAAUAAUCCCCACCCUCUUCUUCCAUCCCCAUAAAAUGAAAUGCAGCCAAGUUCAGCAUUUGGCUUUGAUUACACCAGAUAUUCUGCUAGACUUGUAACACAUAUUGUGAUAGGGUCAAUGACCUGUGGUCUUUUUAUAGGAGUAUCAAUCUGUAGUUGAGUAUCUGAGCUUGGUUUGCUGAGGACUUGCAACUGGUAGGAGUACCUGGCUAUUUUGUCUUAAAGCAAGCUUGAGCCUCUUGUAGAGUCCAGCAGCUAUUGAAUAUCUGACUGGCACUGGAAUUCAGAAUUGCACGUUUUAAACACCUGUUAAAACAAAUUUCUAGCAGAAAAUAAAACUCCAUAUGCACAUGUAACUGAAGUUCUGCCUUAGCAGGAAGCUCUCAGUGAAAGUAGUGGCUCACGUCUAGAAAAAUGAAGGAAUCCAGGGCAGCUUAAGUGGUGUAUAUUAUUUCUUUUUGGAUGUCCUGGUUGAAAUUUAAUUGUUUUGCACAUGGGAAAAAUAUUUCUCCUGCAGAUUCACUUACCAUAGUCUGUCCAAAUGUAACUACUUUUCAAAGAAGCUUGGUAAAGAGAAAGCAAACAGACAAAAUUUUCAAAUCAGAUAAAUCCAAAAAGCUGUGAUUUCUGUGCCACUGUUUUAUCUGAGAGAUACUUGUGAGUUGAAAUUCUAAAAGAUUUUAUGAGGAAAUUGCUAAAAGCUAAGCUAAUGGAACAAAGUUCUGUUAAGUCAUUGGCCUUGUGAAAGGUGUUUUUGAGGGGGAGGUAAAAGGAUAACUAUAUAGUGAAUAAAGUCUAAACUUUACGUAAAGCUUUUGGAAGGUUUUAUCUUAAGUUCUAUAGAGAUGGAAAUUACUCCAGAGUGCCACAUAUGGCAUUUUUUUCAACUAUCUGAAACUAAUGUUCAAGGUUGGUACUCUAACUCGUUUGCUAAAAUGGAUUCCCAGUGCAAUGGGAAACGAAAGCAAAUCAAGUACCUGGGUCAAAUAACAUUUCUUCCAGUUUGCACACCAAGAUAAGACAGUAUUUUAACAAAAUAACAUGACUUCAUAAAGAGCAAGUUAGCCAUCAAACAUGUCUAAACAUAAGUAAAGCAGACUUGCUUUGUAUAGGAUUUUCUUUGGCAAGCCUGAUUUUUAGAGAGAUUCAUUACUGAAACAUUUAACAGAUGUUAUGUUUAUGGAAUAGUGCAUUGGAAUUCAGCUGUGGGUCAGAGAUUGUUCAUAGAAAAUGUCUACUGGAAUAUUUCUAUUUUGUCUUUUUUAAUUGAAUUUGAUAAUAGCUUUAAACUGUGAUAGGACAAAAAGUUAUAUACUUGUCAAAAUCCUGGAAUCUUCCCCCUUUGUUUUAUUUUCCAUUGACCAUAAGUCUUGUGAUUUGAUGUUGGGGGUAUCAGAAUUGCAUUCCAAGUAUGAAAUUGUAUAAUUUUGAGAGAUUUGCACAGUUUGGCUAGAGAAGCUCACAUGGCAGGAUUUUGUAAGAAAGACCUGUUCAGACAGCUGUACGUAGAGUCUUUAGAAUCUAGUGGCACUUAAGGACCAGUUUCUGCAUUAUGGGUUAUUGGGCAUGGAAGGAGAAAUUGUGUGACACUUGCAGUAGAGGGAAAAAUGCAACUUUCUGCAGCCGCACAUCUGUACAGUCUUGUAUUGGGUAAUGUAAUUCCACUAGUCCUGGCUUGUUGAAAAUGGCUAUGAAAUCAGUCACUGCCAAUGGGAUGUAUUUAACCCUUUCAAUGCAUUUGUAUGUGCAAUAUACCAUAGGCAGAUAGGAAAAAUCCAAAACAGGUUGUUGCCCCAAAAUAUUAUAUGCUGUCUCACAUUGUGGUUUUUUUCACUGAAAGGGCUAACAAUAAAUAAAUAAAUAAACCCACCAGCUUCACACAAAAGCACAGCUGGCUCUCUAAAACCAAUCAAGGUGAGGAUGAGGGCUCUCAGUCCGGAGAACUGCAAGUCAGCAAGCAAGUUAGCAUGUGAUAGUUUCUCUCUUUUUAGAUCAACACUUCGUUGGGUGCACAAAAUAGGCAAGGAUUUCUGUUUUGUAAAAUUCUAUGUUUUUGUAUAUUUAAAAGCCGUGCUAAUGUCCCUUCUCCAUGUUGGCAGCAGUGAGGAGAGGGAACUGUCCUCUAAAUUACUUAAGCGAUAAAUCUUUGAAACAGCUUUCCCACCUCUCCCGUUAUGUUGUCUUCAAUUUUGUGCCACUACCGUAACGAUGGAGCAUUAAUUUUAUCAUUCUGUACAUGAAUGUGUGAGGGAGGCCUUGAAACUGUCUGGAUGGAGAAAAUAAACAAGCUAGGCAAGUGUGGGUUUAAAACAAUGCUUGGUUCUGCCUAAGACUCAGUAUUCUGGUUUCACAUCUGGUUUCAUGGCCAAGAAAUUGUGAAAUUCAAGCAGAAAGUUGAGAUGAGAUGGUGCUGGAGGGAACUUAAUCAUUGACUGACUGACUGAGGUUUUUACUGAGUCUGUUCUUGUCACCUCUGACACCCAGAAUUUUAAAGCAUGUUCUUUCCCUUGUGGUCUGCCAGCAUGAAGAAGAUGGAACGUGUUCUCUGCAACAACUUCCAGUGUUUGAACUGGUUGGUUGUUUACAGACUUGCCCAAAGAAUAACACAGAAAAGUUUACCGUUCACAUUUCACUAUCACCCAUCUGCCUUGUACACAAAUACAUUUUGGAGCAGACCUGAGGAAAGUGCAAGUUACAUCUUCUGAAUUCUUUCUUGUACCUAUUCCAAAAGCAGAUUUAGAAACUGCUCCAGUGGUACAGACUUUCAGUCCUUGCCCUGAUAUUGCUUAUCAGCCGAUCCUAUACACUCAGGGAUGUAGGAGACCACCACUCUGCUUGUGUUUUAAAUCGGGAAGAAAUGAGACUGCUUUAUGAAUGUUAGAGUUAACUUGGGCAUUAUGUUUGACAGAGCCCUGCUUUAAAAGGCUGCUUGUUGGUUGAGAUGGUGAAAUCAAAGCUUGCUCAGCUGUACAUUUUUAGUUCAAGUCAAGGAAGGUGGUUUUGAAAUCUAGCAGAUUUCAUAAAAGUAAAGACCCUGCCACCACACACUCUGUGCCCAGGGUCACUGCUGUGUCGCACAGCAGGGUCCCGAAACACAGUAUAUGUGAUUCUGUUUUUAAUUUGUUAAUUUUUGUUCCUUGACCACUUUAUAAUGUAUUUUUAAUUUAUUAUUUUGUAAUGUCUUGUUUAAGUAUUGCUGCUAUCCUUGUUAUUCUUCCCACUGUUUUUAUUGCAGAUUUAUUUUGUGAAAGUUGUACACUAAAGUUUCAUUUUAUGUCUAAAUCAAAGUAUUUAAAGAAAUACUAGUUCUAUUUAAUGUGGUUAUGGAACCAGCUGGAAUAAACAGUGAUUGUAUAGUAGGCUGGACCCAGGAGGUCAUGUUCAUUUUUGUUACAUAUGCAAUAAACUCACAACUUUAAACUC